AUGGCAAAAGCUUCAGAGGUUUCUGACAGCGAAGAAUCAAAACCCGCGGCGACAUCGAUAAAACAGACAUCGCCCAACAAGGUCAAAGAAGCGUCGGUCGAGGUUGAGUCUGAGGCCGAAAAUGGCGAAGACAGCGAGGUAGAGGAGUACGAAAUUGAGGAAAUUAGGGACGCCAAACGUGGCUACUUUCCUGGUGGUCGAAUAGGCUACUUGGUGAAAUGGAAAGGCUACGCAGAAUCGGAAAAUAGCUGGGUCGACGAAGCAGACGCAGAGAAUGCAGGUGAUCUUGUCAAGGAGUUUUGGCAGAGACGCGAGAGGGUCAAGGGCCCACGUAAGGGUGGCGACGAUAAAACGAAAUCCCCAAAACGAUCUCGGAAGUCUGUGGCCGCCGAGGAUGGCUCUGACGCUGCUGCUGCCACAACCACCGCACCGAAGAAGCGGGGCCGUAAAUCUGUCACCAAAGAAGACUCCGAUGUAGACAUGGAUAAGGACAAGCCCGAAUCCGCAUCAGCUAGAGUAACAAAGAAGGCCAGGAAGACCAUCACUGAAAAAUCAGCCGACAAGCCGAACCGAAAAGCACAAGCGACGGCGAGUACACGGACAGCCUCGCCAAUUCCCGUUGACGGUGAUGAAGUUGCGGUGACCAUGGCUAAAUACAUGAAUCAAGACAGCUGGGAAGACCUAGUUACCAGUGUUGAUACUGUCGAGCGCGUUGGGCAAGAACUGUAUAUAUAUUUUUCCUUGAGCACUGGUGAGCAUGUUAGGGAAGUGUCCACACUCUGCAAAAAACGUUUUCCCCAGAAGCUCCUUGACUUUUACGAGGGCAAUCUCCGCUGGCGAACGGCUGAAGAUGCUUGA